AUGGCUCUGAGGCUGUGGGCGAGAUCAGCCGCCAAUGCGCUCAAGCUCUCGGGCACCGGAGGAGCCAGGGCUGCCGCUGCCCCGGCCUUCUCCAUCUCCAGAUUCGUCUCCACUGUUCAUGAUGGGUUGAAGUACACUCAGUCUCAUGAAUGGGUCAAGACAGGCGACGGCGUGGCCACUGUUGGCAUCACGGAUCAUGCUCAGGACCACCUUGGAGAGGUGGUGUUCGUGGAGCUGCCAGAGCCCGGCACGACGGUCUCCGCGGGAGCAUCCUUCGGCAACGUGGAGAGUGUGAAGGCCACCAGCGACGUCAACUCCCCAAUCUCCGGCGAGGUCGUCGAGGUCAAUUCCAAACUGUCAGAGACGCCCGGCCUGAUCAACACGAGCCCUUACGAGGAUGGGUGGAUGAUCAAGGUGAAGCCGAGCAGCCCCGGGGAGGCAGACGCCCUGCUCGACGCCGCCAAGUACACCAAGCACUGCGAGGAGGAAGACGCCCACUAG